AUGACGAGCCUGAAAGACUUCCGCGUUCUCACUUUUGAUGUCUACGGCACCCUGAUUGACUGGGAAGGUGGCGUACUCGCAGCUCUUCAGCCCCUUUUGGACGAAAAUAAGAGGACAGACUUCACACGCAAACACCUUUUGGACGUAUAUCACAAAUACGAGGCCAAACAGCAAUCAAAGACACCAGACUUGCCCUAUCACCAACUCGUUGCCACAAUUCAUCCCCAAAUUGCCGAGGACCUUGGUCUUGCCGCUCCUACAGCUGAGGCCUCAAAGGCCUUUGGCGAUUCAGUCGGCCGUUGGCCCGCUUUCCCAGACACCGUGGACGCUUUACGCCGGCUGUCCAAGUUCUACAAACUCGUCGUUCUCUCCAACGUUGAUCGCGAGUCUUUUUCCCGGAGCAACGCGGGGCCUCUCGAAGGCGUUCCCUUCGAUUUGAUAAUUACCGCUCAGGACGUGGGCUCGUACAAACCUGACCAACGCAACUUCAGCUACAUGCUCCAAAAAGUCAAGGAAACUUUUGGGGUCGAGAAGGACCAGGUGCUCCAGACCGCCCAGAGCCAGUUCCAUGAUCAUCACCCGGCAAAGGAGGCCGGUAUCAAGUCAUCCUGGAUUGUGCGACCUGGUGCUACAAUGGGAAAUCGGGAUGUAGAGAUUUACGACUGGAAGUUUGACACUUUGGGUGAGAUGGCGGAUGCUCUAGAGAAGGAGUUGGCGUGA